UCACACACACAUAUAUCCAUUUACACUGGUAAAAUGGCGUCGGUGGCCAUUUCAGCGGAGACUAAGAAGAUUACAGAUUUACGCGUUGUAGACCUGAAAUCUGAACUCAAAAGACGAAAUCUGGAUAUUACUGGAGUAAAAAAUACACUCAUCGCAAGAUUGAAGCAGGCGAUAGAGGAUGAAGGUGGUGAUCCAGACAGCAUUGAGCUCACCAUGUCAGCUGACACACCCACGAGAAAACAUGGCAAAUCUAAAGGAAAGAAGACAGACCUGGAUGCUGAUACCACCAUGGAAGAGGAAUCCUUAUCUAAGGAGACUGAGGAAGAGGAAUCCGAAAAAGAUGUAACUGAUACUGAUGAUGCUACUCGUGACAAUUCUAAAACCUUCUCCUGUGAAGACGGCCUUGGAGAGCCUGAGCCUGAGGCUGAGGCAGGAGAGGAGCCUGAUCUUGAGGCUGAGGCAGAUGUGGAACCUGAGCCCGAUCCUGAUGUGGAGAUUGAGGCCGAGAGAGAAGCUGAGCCUGAAGUCCCAGCGAUGGAGGCCAUGGAGAGCGAACCUGCUCCUGAACCCAUAAAAGAAGUUGAGGAUGACAAUAUAUCUGUCACCAUCCAGGCCGAAGAUGCCAUCACACUGGAUGUGGAUGGCGACGACCUCCUGGAAACAGGUAAACAUGUGAAACUUCCAGAUUCUGAGGCAGACAAGGGCUGCGAAGAGCCUGAGGCCACUGCUGAGAUGAGGCAGGAGACAGAUUCAUUGACUGAAGCGAUAGAUGGCCGCAAGGAUGGUAAGAGAGAUGACGGGCUGAAGUCUGACGCCGCCAAGAAAGACAACAGAGAGGCCUCGAAGAAAGGAGAAACGGGAGACAAGGAAAAGGAUUCUGGGAAGAAAGGCCCCUCUUCAACUGGGGCGACAGGUCAAGCAAAGAGCUCGUCAAAGGACAGAGAUGGAAAGACUACAAAAGAUGAUAAAGGAAGUGGCAGCAGCAGCACCAGCUCUACUCGCAAUCUGUGGGUGAGCGGUUUGUCGUCCAAUACCAAAGCAGCCGAUCUUAAGAACCUCUUUGGCAAAUAUGGAAAGGUUUUUAGUGCCAAAGUGGUCACCAAUGCUCGUAGCCCAGGAGCCAAAUGUUACGGACUAGUUACCAUGUCAUCCAGUGCAGAAGUGGCCAGAUGCAUCUCUCACCUGGACCGCACAGAACUCCAUGGACAACAGAUAUGUGUGGAUAGGGUAAAAACUGACCCGUUCAAAAAGGACUUCUCAAAGAAAGAGGGAGAAGAGAAGACAAGUUCCAGUAAAAUUUCUGGAGAAAAGCGCACUCUAACGGGAGCAAAAACUUGCAACAAGACUCCAGUUUCAUCUAAGAAGGAGGAGAAGAAAUCAGACAAACCCUCUGAGAAGGACAGCAAAGAAGCAAAAAAACAGGACCCCAAAAGCAACAAAUCUGAUGCACCAUCUUUCAAUUCAGGAGCCGACGCGGCAAAGAAAGAUGAUAAGAAACAUGGACGAAAGAGUCCAGGUAAUAUGGUUCCUGACCAUAUUAAAGGAGAUCAACACUUCAAUAAAUCUCGACCUCCUUUCAGAAGGGGUGGAAGGUUUGAGAAGCCUGGUCCACCCAACAUGAUGAACCGACGUCCUAGGUGGUUCAUACCACCUGAGGAGAUGGAGAUGAUGAAGAAAGGACGGCCCAUGCUCAACAAAGGUGGAAACAAAGACAUCCUGCCAUUUGAGAAGAUGAAGGAACAGCGUACGCGUGAGCGCAUGGUCAGGAUGGAACGCGUUCGCAGGGCUAUGGAACUGCGUAGACGGCGUGAGGUAGCAGAGCGAGAGCGCCGGGAGAGGGAGCGUAUCCGCAUUAUGCGCGAGCGUGAAGAAAGGGAGAACCUAAUGAGAGAGCGCCAACGGCUGGAGGUGGAAAGACAGAAACUCGAACGCGAGCGCAUGGAGAGAGAGAGACUAGAACGGGAGCGGAUCCGUAUAGAGCAGGAGCGACGCAAGGAAGCAGAGCGUUUGGCUCGUGAACGCGAGGAACUGAGACGGCAGCAGGAGCAGUUGCGUUACGAGCAGGAGAAACGAAACAACUUAAAGAGGGGACGUGAUGUUGACCAGAGGAGGGAAGACCCAUACUGGAACAGUGGUAAAAAGAUGCAAACGCAGCCAGAGGGCCGGAUCGGUCAAGCUGGAGACUACAAUAGCCGACAACAGAAUCGUUUUAAUGAUUUCAACCCCAGAGACCGGAACCGAUACCCACAGACAUCAGCCGGGCAAUCCAACAACUUUGAUAGACGCAACCGCUUUGACAAUGAACCUGAUGCAAAGAAAAAUCGCCCUGCUCCGCGCAGAGAAAGUGCAGGGUUCGACCGCUAUCCAAAAAACUUUGAAACUGUACGAAGAGCAGAGCCACCACCUCCACCUCGCACAGAGCUGCGAGACAGCGAUCGCCGAGAGAUCCGUGACCGUGAUGAGCGUAGGCAGGUGUCCAUGCCUGAUCGACCAGCUGGAGGCAGAGCACCACCUCCUGUCAUUGCUCACUCUCGCACCCCUAGAGACGGCAGCCACGCUGGCUGGAAAACUGAUGGGGCAAUGAAUACGAAGCAAGGAGAUGUCAGAGCCGUGCGAAUGCGUCCAGAACGUCCUGGCAGAGAAGGUCCUGGACCUGCCAUAAGAGGGGUGUCCACAGCCAGCCGUGGCAGAACCAGCUUCAACAGUCGAGACGGAGGCAGACCUGUGGUUAUGGGAGAGCAGCCGCACUUUGGCAGUGGCAGGCAGGUGGUGGUGGAGCGGCAUGGACGCGAUCAGGGCCCCAGGAAAGACUGGCACGGGGCAGCAGGAUCACAAAGCGGAGGAUUCACAGAUAACCGUCGAAUGGGGGACAGUAGGCCUGGCAUGAUGGCACCACACUCCAGUCAUUCCUCCACUGGUAUAAACAGAAUUGUGCAGAUCACUAAUGUUCCCAUGGCCGGUGGCAGCGGAGGAUUCAAGCCCUUUAAAGGAAGGUUUUAGCAUCUUGACUCUUCACAGCAAAUACAUAUAAAUACUUUUUUUGUUUCCUUUUUUUAUUUUGAACUUCUGAUGUUUUUAAUCGGCUUAAUUUAUAGCCACGAGAUUAUUGUAAAGAUUCACAUUGAGUUAGUUUUUUUUUUUUUGUAAAAGGCUUUACGUGUUAGGCUUUUCUUUCCUGAACUGUACUCGGCUGAUCUGUAAACAACCUUUGUGCACAUACAUGUUUGUUUAGAUGACCAUAACUUCCAGAUUAUCUCAUUUGCUUUGGGCAGACUACUGUGUGUAGCACUGGACACAUCUGUAAUUCCAUUAACAUUUCAAUGUGAUCCCUUUUUUUGUGGUUAAUGAUUGUUCGAGUUCAUAUUAAAUUAUGUGAAUUAUGACA